AUGGAAAGCGCAUUGCGUAAUGCUUUGAACAAAUAUGAGAAGAAGGACACGUUGUUUGAGGUUGGUUUAUAUAUUAUUUAUAUACAUAUAAUGUUACUGUACAUUUCAGAAACUUAUGGAGAACCAAGAGAACGAAGCUGAACCCCUUAUACAAGAAUGCUUGAGCUUACUUUGUGAAGUAAGUGGUUUUUUGUAACGAUUAAAUCAAUAUUUAUUAUUUCAGAAGAAUAUGAACCGAGGACAAGAUCACACUCCUGAGAGUAUGCUGACUUUAUCCAAACUAUUCAUAAAAAUUGCGGACUUUCGGCUUGCAUGUGAAAUGGUGUGGUGUUCUGCCUCAAUGGCCGUCCAGGGUAAUUUUAUUUCUUAAUGUUUAUGCAAUGUAUUCGUUUUCAGAGUUUAUUACGACUCGAAAACUGAAAGUAAGACUAUAUUCCCACAACGGAAAAAGGGACUUUGUGCGGGCUCUUUCUCGCGAAAUCGGGAACCAGUUUGCUGUUUUCGAAGCGUAAGUGUAGAAGUUUUGUUUCCCAUUUUUAUGUGUAUUAUUUGUUUCAGUUGUCACGCGUCGUUCUACACAAACAGCCACAACGCUCGUGCUGUAAACGCAGCCUUCGAGGAAGCAAAUGACUUCGUGCAACAGCUUCGGGCAUACCAUUUGACCGAUGAAAAAAAAAAAGAACUGGAAAAUGAUAAUUUCAACUAUUAG